GUGACAGCGUCUGUGGCCUCGCGUAGGGGUAAAGCCGAUCCGGUUGGAUUGAGGGGAAAAGAGAGCGGUGGGGCAAGAUGGCGACGCACCUGUCCUACGGGCGAGUGAACCUGAACGUGCUGCGCGAGGCGGUGCGUCGCGAGCUGCGCGAGUUCCUGGACAAGUGCGCGGGAAGCAAGGCAAUAGUUUGGGAUGAGUACCUCACAGGACCAUUUGGCCUGAUUGCACAGUAUUCACUACUGAAGGAACAUGAAGUGGAAAAAAUGUUCACGCUUAAAGGAAGUCGUUUGCCAGCAGCUGAUGUCAAGAAUAUUAUUUUUGUUGUCAGACCCAGGCUAGAAUUGAUGGAUAUAAUCUCUGAAAAUGUGCUCAGUGAAGACAGACGUGGCCCAGCAAGAGAUUUCCACAUUUUGUUUGUGCCACGACGUAGCUUAUUGUGCGAACAGCGGUUGAAGGAUCUAGGUGUUUUGGGAUCCUUUAUUCAUAGGGAGGAGUACAGCCUAGAUCUCAUUCCAUUUGAUGGGGAUCUCUUAUCCAUGGAAUCAGAGGGUGCAUUCAAAGAGUGCUACCUGGAGAGCGACCAGACCAGCCUGUACCACGCAGCCAAGGGGCUGAUGACCCUGCAAGCUCUGUACGGGACGAUCCCCCAGAUCUUUGGGAAAGGAGAGUGCGCCCGGCAAGUGGCCAAUAUGAUGAUCAGGAUGAAGAGAGAGUUUACAGGGAGCCAGAAUUCAAUAUUCCCUGUUUUUGAUAAUCUCUUGUUGCUCGAUCGGAAUGUGGAUUUGUUAACGCCUCUUGCCACUCAGCUUACGUAUGAAGGACUCAUUGAUGAAAUUUAUGGCAUUCAGAACAGUUACGUGAAAUUACCUCCGGAGAAAUUUGCACCUAAGAAACAGGGCGAUGGUGGUAAGGACCUUCCCACGGAAGCAAAGAAGCUUCAGCUGAAUUCUGCGGAGGAGCUGUAUGCUGAGAUCCGAGAUAAAAACUUCAAUGCAGUGGGCUCCGUGCUUAGCAAGAAAGCAAAGGUGAUCUCUGCAGCGUUCGAGGAGAGGCACAACGCCAAGACCGUUGGGGAGAUCAAGCAGUUCGUUUCGCAGCUGCCCCACAUGCAGGCAGCAAGGGGCUCCCUCGCAAACCACACCUCGAUUGCAGAGCUAAUCAAAGAUGUAACUACUUCUGAAGACUUCUUUGAUAAAUUAACAGUGGAGCAGGAGUUUAUGUCUGGAAUAGACACUGAUAAGGUCAACAGUUACAUCGAGGAUUGUAUUGCCCAAAAACAUCCGCUGAUCAAGGUGUUAAGACUAGUUUGCCUCCAAUCCGUGUGCAAUAGUGGACUCAAACAAAAAGUUUUGGAUUAUUACAAAAGAGAAAUCCUGCAGACAUACGGCUAUGAGCACAUAUUGACCUUGCACAACCUAGAGAAGACUGGCCUGCUGAAACCACAGACGGGGGGCAGAAACACUUACCCAACCAUCCGGAAAACAUUACGUCUCUGGAUGGACGAUGUAAAUGAGCAAAAUCCCAUGGACAUAUCGUAUGUGUACAGUGGUUAUGCCCCUCUCAGCGUGCGCCUGGCCCAGCUGCUUUCCCGGCCCGGCUGGCGGAGUAUUGAGGAAGUUCUGCGCAUUCUCCCAGGGCCCCACUUUGAGGAGCGGCAGCCGUUGCCCACAGGGCUGCAAAAGAAACGUCAACCAGGAGAAAACCGAGUCACUCUGAUAUUUUUCCUCGGGGGUGUAACCUUUGCUGAAAUUGCUGCCCUGCGAUUUCUUUCCCAGCUGGAAGAUGGAGGUACAGAAUAUGUCAUCGCCACCACUAAGCUAAUAAACGGGGCCAGCUGGAUAGAGUCGCUAAUGGAAAAACCUUUCUAGGGCGUUCAAAGGAGACUUACCGGUGAACUGCAGAAUAAACUGCUCCUUUGAAGAAGUUGCUGGAAGGAAGUGCAACCCCAUGGAGGAAUAACACGAGAAUACAGAAUUUACUUUGGGGUCAGCUUCUUAAAUUAUGCUGUUUUCUCCAUUCUGCUUGUCUUUUGUGUUCCUAAUUUCUUAAAGAAAGAAGAAUGGAAGAGAAUCAGCCAGGGUAAAAGACAUAACAGUU